AUGGCGCCGUGGAAGAACGUCGAUCCUGUCAUUGACGGGAGGCUGUAUGUUGGAAACAUUCAGCCCGCCAAGUCAACCCGCUACCUCACGGAGCAUCGGAUCAACUAUAUUGUCAGCGUCUGCACGGAGCCGAUCCCAGCGGAAUGGCCCCAGUCUGGCGUCAAUCACCUGCGAAUUCCGGUUGAGGACCUCGACUACGCCGAUCUCCUCAUAUGGUUGCCGACAGCCGUCCGAUUUAUCCAUCAGGCGCUCUCCAAUGGAGGAGUGGUCCUGGUGCAUAGCGUUCAAGGCCUGUCGAGGGCUCCGGCAGUGGUCGCAGCCUAUCUGAUGUGUACUCAGCGGGUGAAUGCUACAACAGCCCUUGACAUAGUCCGCCGAGCGCGGGAGCAGAUCUGGGUCAAAGCCGGUCUUCAAGAGCAACUCGUUCUUUUCGAAGUCUGUCAAUAUAACCCAACCCCACAAGACGGCAUCUAUCGCAAGUGGCGCCAGAAAAUUACUCAGCAUAUCUGA